AACAAUGCCAUCUUUACUUCACAAUGAAAAACCAAAAUAAAUGUUUUUUCAAAAACAAUUUACGUAUUUUACUAGUUGUAUUAAACUUCGGGUUUUGAAAAUGGCGGCUGAUUUCUGAGCUCACAGUUACCGCUACUAGCGGAGUGCAGUCUGAAAAUAUGCUCCGUAGUUUGUGCGCCUAGAUUCUGGUUUUUAACCACUGAAAACAAAUAGUGUACACUCGCUUUUAUCUUCGCCACAGCCAACCCAGGAACGGAAUAUUCUACUCUACUCCCCCCGUUUAUGUUCAAAAUGAUUUCGUUUUAAGCUACUUUACAGGGGGGUGCACUAUGUGACAGUUUGUUUCUAAAAAUAGUACUAAUAUAUAUUCACCAUGGUGAAAUACUUACAAUGGUAAAAUAUAGAUUUGCAACAUUCUAAGAUAGAUAUUUUAUUAUAAUUGAACAAUGAUAGAAACUGAUGCUGGUGUUGGUUUGUUCUUUGGUAUAAGUUGUGGUCUGUGUCUGGGAUGGGUUCUUCGCGGUCGCUAUCAUGGUGUUCCCAGUUUAAAAAAUCUUGCUGAAAAAAUUCCAACAUAUUCCCCAGGUGGGCAUGGUGAUUAUAAAAUGGUCCUUGUAGUUCGACAGGACUUAGGUAUGGGUAAAGGAAAGAUUGCAGCACAGUGUUCCCAUGCUGCGGUUGGUCUUUACAGACAACUGAUUCAUUCAAAUUCUAAGGUAAUAAAAGAUUGGGAAAGAUCAUCUUGUCCUAAAGUUGUUGUAAAAGCACCAGAUGAAGAAACAUUAAGAGAGUUAGCACGCAAGGCAAGAGGUUAUGGAAUUGAGACAUGUUUAAUUAGUGAUGCCGGCAGGACACAAAUUGCACCAGGAUCUAGAACAGUUCUUGGCAUAGGCCCAGGUCCAACUGAUGUUGUAGAUCAAGUCACUGGCCAUCUAAAACUUUGUUGAUGGAAUAUUGAUAGAUAUUAAGCUAUUAGCCAUGUUCAUGAG